AAAAAAAGAAAAAGAAAAGAAAAGCUUCCGACUCCUUGUUGCCGCCUCCAUCUUUCUUUCAUCUUUGUCUGAAUCAAAAAAACUUCAUAGAAGCAGACGCCAAAGCAAUUAAUUUACCCGAUUUAGGGCCUCGAAUUUUGGUCUCGGUUUCCGCUCCUCAUGCACGCGGACUCCGAUUGGCUUUGAUUCCAUGUUCUGAUCUGCGAGAGUUGGAAGAGUUAGAAGAUAAUCCCCCGGUGCUGCUGCUGCUGCAUCCACGCAGAUGGCGUCGGUGCAGAAUCAAGCGCCGAAUGUGGAUCUAUUUGAUGCGUAUUUCCGCCGAGCCGAUUUGGACCGCGAUGGCAGAAUCAGUGGCACCGAAGCCGUGUCCUUCUUCCAAGGCUCCGGUUUGCCCAAGCAGGUUCUUGCGCAGGUAUGGGCGAUUGCUAACCAGAGCCAGAGUGGUUUCCUUGGUCGGGCAGAGUUCUAUAAUGCCCUUAAACUUGUUACUGUGGCACAGAGUAAGCGAGACCUAACCCCCGAAAUAGUAAAGGCAGCAUUAUAUGGGCCGGCUUCAGCUAAAAUACCCGCACCCCAGAUCCAUUUCACUGCCAUGCCUGCACCUCAGGUCAAUUUUUCUGCAGCAGCAACUACCCCUCAGGUUGGUGCUGUUACUCCAAUGCCCUCCCCCAAUCUCGGGUUCAGGGGACCACAAGUACCUCCAAACGCGGGUGUACACCAGCAGCAUUUUCCUUCAGAAGGAAGUCAGUUGAUGAGGCCUCCACAAGUAUUACCCACCGGAGGUGCCGUGACCGGGCCUCGCCCUCCAAACUCAAGCAUUUCAAGUGAUUGGGUAGGUGGAAGGGCCGGUGCAGCUUCAUCAGGAAGUGCCUCACAAGUCCCAGCCAGUGGAAUGGGUCCCUCAAGAACUCAUGACGGAUUUGGGCUGGCAACAUCUGGGUCAACUGCUGCAUUGCCACCUAGACCACAGGCUACAUCUGGAAUGAAUACAUCUGGAAAUGGGUUUUCUUCUCAUUCAGUUUUCGGAGGUGAUGCUUUUUUGGCUACCCCAUCUCAACCAAAGCAAGGUUCUUCUGCACCUAUGGUUUCUGCAGGCAAUUUGCAGGUCUCAUCAACUUUUGUCCCAGUAUCUGCCGGGACCCAGCCUCCUGCUAGGCCAAACACUUAUGAUUCUUUGCAGAGUCCACUAAUGCAACCUGUUGGUGGCCAGCUUCCACGGGCCCAGUCACUUGAGAAUCAGAACCAGAAGCUUUCAACACAGACUGCUGCAUCUAGUUCAGCUGGAAUAUCAUUUGGAGCUGAGAGUUCUGCUUCCAGUCCGUCCCAGCUGGCAUGGCCUAGGAUGACUCAGACUGAUGUUCAGAAGUAUACCAAAGUAUUCAUGGAAGUAGACAAAGACAGAGAUGGGAGAAUCACUGGUGAAGAAGCCCGCAAUUUAUUUCUUAGUUGGCGACUGCCCAGAGAUGUUUUAAAGCAGGUGUGGGACUUAUCCGAUCAGGAUAAUGAUAGCAUGCUUUCUCUCGGGGAGUUCUGUAUUGCUCUGUAUUUGAUGGAGCGGUAUAGAGAAGGACGUCCUCCUCCACCGGUGCUUCCAAGCAACAUUAUGUUUGAUUUACCGACCCCUGGGCAACCUAUAACCAACUACACCAAUGCAGCAUGGCGACCUCCAUCCGGUUUUCAACAACAGCAAGGGAUGCCUAGUUCUGGUGCUCGGCACAUAACAACUGCUGCAGCAGCAAAGCCUCCAAGGCCAGUUCCAGUUCCCCAGGCUGAAGGGUCACAGGUCAAUCAGCAGAAGUCUAAAGUUCCAGUGUUGGAGAAGCACCUUGUAAAUCAGCUCAGUACAGAGGAGCAGAACUCGCUCAACUCAAGGUUCCAAGAAGCGACAGAGGCUGAUAAAAAGGUAGGAGAACUGGAGAAGGAAAUGCUGGAAUCUAGACAGAAAAUUGAGUUUUGCCGUGUUAAAAUGCAGGAACUUGUUCUAUACAAGAGCAGAUGUGACAAUCGCCUUAAUGAGAUCACAGAAAGGACAUCUGCCGAUAAACGUGAGGUUGAGUCCCUGGCCAAGAAGUAUGAAGAGAAAUACAAGCAAGUCGGUGAUGUAGCCUCCAAGUUAACCAUUGAAGAAGCUACAUUUCGUGAUUUACAGGACAAGAAAAUGGAUCUAUAUCAGGCAAUUGUCAAGAUGGAACAGAAUGGUAGUGCUGAUGGUGUUCUCCAGGUCCAUGCUGAUCGUAUCCAAUCAGAUCUUGAUAAGCUAGUGAAAGCUCUAAAUGAGCGUUGUAAGACAUAUGGGUUACGUGCAAAACCAACAACAUUAACUGAGCUUCCAUUCGGCUGGCAACCUGGCGUCCAACAGGGUGCUGCUGACUGGGAUGAAGAUUGGGAUAAGUUUGAAGAUGAAGGGUUCACUUCUGUCAAGGAGCUCACAUUGGAUGUCCAAAAUGUUAUAGCACCUCCAAGGGAGAAAUUUAAAUCAGCUAGGAAUGAAAAGGCCUCCACAAUUGAUAGCCCAACAGCCGCUUCUUUGCCCGAUGCUGAUAUCAAGCCAGAAAAACCUCCGAUUAUGGAUGAACAGGCUGUUGAAAAUGGAUCAGCACAUAAUAUAAGUGAAGAUGACUCAGCAAAAAGUGCUCCCAACAGUCCAGCAGCGAGGAGUGCUAUGGCAAGUCCACCUCGAGAAUUUCCAGAUUUUAACUUUGACAAGGCAAUAGAUGCAGAUGCCUCACCCCGUGAUAAAGAUUAUCAAAGUGAUCAUCGUGGUGCUGGGUCUGUGUUUUCUGGUGAUAAGAGUUUUGAUGAACCAACUUGGGGAUUUGACACUAAUGAUGAUGUUGACUCAGUCUGGGGCCUUCCUCCAAUCAGUACUUCCAAGGGGAUGGAUCUUGAAAGAAAUGGAGAUAACUAUUUCUUUGGAUCUGGGGAGUUUGGUCUAAAUCCUAUCAGAACGGACUCACCACAGGCUGGUGGUUUUUUCCAGAAGAAGAGUGCAUUUAGUUUUGACGAUUCUGUUCCUAGCACACCACUCUUCAAUUCAAGCAAUUCACCACACAAUUACGAUGGAUUAGGACCCUCUUUUGACAGUUUCUCAAGAUUUGAUUCUUUCAACACACAUGACAGCGGGUUUUUCGCUCCGCGGGAAACACUGGCACGAUUUGAUUCAGUUCACAGCAGUAGAGACUCUGAUCAGGGUCAUGGAUUACCAUCCUUUGACGACUCAGACCCUUUUGGAUGGGCAUUUAGAACGUCACUGGAGAGUCAAACUCCUAGGAGAAGCUCAGAUAAUUGGAGUGCAUUUUAGCUGGGUGGUUAUGCACCUUAUCCGCUUGUGCUUUUCUGCAUUAAAAUCUUCUCCGAGUGCUCUUUAUUCAUACGAUGCUAGCUUGGGAGUGGUUUGUAUUAGUAUGUUUUUAGUUUGCAACCACAAGUGCUUGUAUUU